AUGGAUCCAGCUAUCACAGAGCUACUCCUGCUACAUAAAAGCCCAGACACCCAAGCUGACGAAGACGAUAGCGGCAUGUUGGCGUCAGAUGCGACAGCGAGCGCUUGCAGUUCCAGCUUCAAUACACCCGUCACCGCGCUAUAUCCUUCCAAUGCCUACCCCGCCCUCAUCAGCGAUCCAGCUGGGACAGAGCCCAGAGAGAUAAGUAGAGGAGUUCAGUUGAUGACCCUAAUGAUCGUCUACUGGCAAGAAACGGAUCUUUUGCACUUCGAUCCUGAAUAUGCGGCAACACUAGCCGCAAGACUAGACAUCGACUUCACGCCGACAGCCACGUCCGAAGCGGCACCCCCGUCAGACCGCAGCCAAUCCACUUCAGCUACUUCUUCGGCGGAUGAUGGUGGCGGAAAGUCAUCCAAACCUGAUCUCACUAUCGCCGCAAAGGCAGGCAUAGGCGUGGGCGUCGCUAUCGCCGCUAUUCUGAUCGUUGUCGCCGGACUCGUACUGUACAGGAGAUACGUUCGCAAGAAGGCGAAGCUCGACCGUAUGGCUGCUUUACAGAACGAACAACCUGAACUCGUUCAGACACGCGCUGGAUAG